AUGCGGGGGGGGGACAGGAAGCGGGUCAGGAGCUCAGACGCACUGUACGGUCCCUCGCGUCUGGGCCGGAACCAGGAUGUGUUGCUAGGCGCAGGGAUGAUUGUGUCAGCACUUGUCGAGCCUGCUCCGUUUCCUUACAGGGAGCCGGGCUCGCUGACUGAAGGUAUCUUCAGGAGCCAGGGCCCGGCUGACGGACGAGCACAAAGCAGCCGUCACACUGGAGCUUACAGUCGGGCUCUUUCUCUGUGUGAUAGUGUUUGUGUGCCGGCAGAAGGCUCAGGCAGCUCCCCCGCGGCCUCCUUUGUUGGACAAACCUGUUGUAUGAAUGGUCUGGAGCCCUGA